AUGUCAUCCAACAAUUGUAUAGAAUUAGUUUCACAUAAAUUACAUAAUCUUGAAGAAAUCGUUAACAAUUUUUAUGAAAAUCUUCCCAAAAAGAAGACGGAUUUGUCAAAUUUGAAUUGGGAACAACUAGAAUCGUUGGUGAAUGACACGGUUCAAGCCAUCAAUAAUAAAAACUCUCCAUCUGCCCAUUCCAAUAAUCAUGUAAACAAUACAAAACCUGUUCCUA